GGCAUUGUGGGAGGUGCUGGUAAUGGCUCAGGUUGGUGGCCGACCAGUGGCAAUGGGGCAGGACUGCGAUCUCUUCUUGCACCCAGAGCUGCUUUCCAGGGAUUUCUUGCUGCUGUCUCUAGGGCAGAAAAAUAUCGUAGUGGAAGAUUCUGUGAAUGACAAGGAGAAACUAACUGAAAUAUUUGUCCAGCAUGCCAUGCCCCUUCCUCAAAGAGUUUUGCCCAAGAGUCGGUGGGGUAAAAUGAUGGAAGGUAAAAGAGAAGUAAAAAAGCACACACAGCCUCAGCAAAGUUGCAUCGCAGAAAGUGGGCGAAAACGACCUCUCAUAGUGUUUGAUGGCAGCUCUACUAACACUAGCAUAAAAGUGAAAAGGAAAGAAAAUGGAGAGACAGCCCAGAGACUUCAUCCCUUGCAUACAGAAAAAGCAAACAAUACUAUCCGAACAGGACAACCAACCAGCCCCGUGUCCAACCCUUGUUCUCCUCCUGCUAAAGUAGUCAACAGUGAUAACAAUGGACAGCAGGACAGUGGCCCAGGGAGCAAUGCAUCAACAGGCAAAGUAAAAACACAGACAUCUCCAAGUGCAAGUGCAAGCGCUGUCAAAAUAAAAAGGGCUGCUCCAAAGGAGGACUCUGAUGUGACAAGUGAUGUGAAACCUUCGGAAGCAAAGAAGAGGAUUAUGCAUGUUACAUGGCCUUGAUUUUUACUCAAUGCAGUGUGACUUCUUUGAAAAGGACUUGGUAAACAGCACACUGGGAUGUUU